CUUCAGAGUAUUAUUUAGAGCGAUCAUGUCCCGCCACGGAGAUAUCUCGAGUUCUGAGGACACGGUCGGUGUCUGUGUCUUCCAAUAUCCGAUGCCUCGUAUGCAUACCAACGACGAAGUAAUGGAGAAUGCCGCCAAGAUCUGCGAAAUCGUCAAGGGUACCAAAAAGGGAUUACCUGGCAUGGAUUUGAUUGUUUUUCCGGAAUACAGUACCAUGGGUAUCAUGUACGACCGUGACGAAAUGUUCGACACGGCUUGUCAAAUUCCUGGACCUCUUACCGACAUGUUUGCCGAGACCUGUAUUGAGGCCAAAGUCUGGGGCGUGUUUAGUUUAACUGGUGAGCAGCACGAAGAUCAUCCCAACAAAAACCCGUACAACACGCUAGUCUUGAUCAAUGACCAGGGGGAAAUCGUGCAAAAAUAUCGGAAACUGCUGCCCUGGACACCCAUUGAGGGCUGGACCCCAGGAAAUCUUGGCACCAGCGUCGUCGAUGGUCCGAAGGGUAUGAAAGUCAGCAUGAUUAUCUGCGACGACGGCAACUAUCCUGAGAUUUGGCGUGACUGUGCCAUGCGCGGUGCCGAACUGAUUAUUCGACCACAAGGCUACAUGUACCCGGCCAAGGAACAGCAAGUGCUGGUGAGCAAAACCAUGGCGUGGUGCAAUAACGUGUAUGUGGCAGUGGCAAAUGCGGCUGGGUUUGACGGGGUGUUCACAUACUUUGGUCACUCCGCGAUUAUCGGUUGUGACGGGCGCACCUUGGGCGAAUGUUCGACAGAAGUCAACGGCAUUCAGUACGCUCAACUUAGUAUUUCCGGAAUCCGGGACGGACGAGCCAACGACCAAUCUCAGAAUCAGCUCUUCAAGCUACUUCAUCGAGGCUAUACCGGUGUUUACGCCAAUGGUGACGGAAGCAAGGGUGUGGCGGAAUGUCCGUUUGAAUUCUAUAAUACCUGGGUGACGAAUCCGUUGGAAGCUCAGCGUAUGUCGGAAAACAUCACGCGUAAAACAAUCGGAGUGGCGUGCUGCCCCGUUGCAGGGAUUCCGGCGCCUGUUGAGGAAGAGGAUUGUGAGCUUACCCACGAGUUGAAUCUCCAGUAG